UAUGAAGGGCGCAAUCACGUGAAGGGCGUAAAUUUCAGGCGUCCUCUAAAGGCAUGCAUCGCUCUAUACGGCUUCGUACCGUGAGGCAGCAACAUUGCCAAAGCAUACAUACCUGCGGGCAUCACACUGUCGUAAGUCCGCUUCCUCCUUGGUGAUCCCAAGAAGCUCGCUUCACUCCGCAUCAUCAUAAUGUCUUCCACACCACCAAACCCGAUGCCCCAAUCAAACCCAUGGUCCAGUCAACGCCUGCACUACCGCGCGAUCCGCCCCAACGACAUAAAUGUCUUCCACGCGUUCAGCGCCGAUUACACCGGCUUCGCGAACAGCAAUUUCGACAACAUCAAACUGCCCAGCCCCUCCGACUCUGAAAAAUUCAUGAAGGGGGUACAAAGUGACUGCCUUAUGGGUGCCAUCAUCUGGCUGCCUCACCCACCACAAACAAGCUCUAUGAGCGACGAGGAACGUGAAAAGGAGUUUGCGCAACGGAGGAGAAAUGGAGAGGUUGUGGAUGAGGAGUAUGGCACGGCUGUGGGGGAGAUUCAUAUGGAUAUGUUGCCGGCCCAUAAACAACAUCAUCGGAAUACUGAGAUUGGACUUGAUAUCCUCCCGCCGUAUCAGGGGAGAGGGUAUGGGUCUGAGGCUAUUAGAUGGGCGCUUGAUUAUGCGUUUAGGCGAGCGGGUCUGCACCGAGUCAAAGUCAGAGGAUUCAGCUGGAACGAAGGCGCCCUCAGACUGUAUGAGAAGUUGGGAUUUGUGUUUGAAGGCAGAGAGAGGGAGAGUGUGUGGCAUGAGGGGAAAUGGUGGGAUGUUGUCACGUUGGGCAUGCUAGAGGGGGAGUGGCGAGCUACUCGAGAGUAGAACCCACAUGCUCAUAUACUACCAUGACAUAAAUGGUGUGUAGAUAGUAAUGACUGAAUGUAGCAACA